AGAGUGAGAUGGGUUGGGCCUAUUAUUUUAACCUAAAAAUCUAUCCAUACCCAACUAUCUCACCUUCAUCUGAUCGUGUAUCAACCAUGAUCUAGGUUUUUAGGAAACGGCGCAUGCUACUGCAAAACCCACGAAGCCUGAUUUGGAGGAUUUUCAGGAUCAAUGUAUCCAUAAGAUCACGAUCAUCUUUUCUUCCAACCAAGCGAAUCAAAAAUCUGGAAAAGGUUUAUGAUGAUUUUGUUUGUGGUGCCAAGAAUUUGCGCUUUAGAGUGAAGAGAUAUGUUAGGAUGCCAACUAGUGUUUUUCAAACCAAUACUGGAAAGUCUCCUUGUGGAACGAGAAGGUUAGAAACGAAGAAUAUUCCCAAGAUGACAAUGAUUUUUGAUAUGAUGAACAGUCUUCAAAAUGAUUAUUAUCAUCCCAUAAAAAAAUUAUUAUUAUCAUGAUCUCAAUACAAUGAAUGCAAUGUUAUAUAAUGGUUUGAUAUAUUCACCAUGAUUUUUUGUUUACACAGAUUUGUAAGGUUACAAAUUGAGUGUUGUGUUUUACUUAUUAACAAGGUUCCAAUAUAUUAUGCACAA